AUGAUGAAAGCAGUUACUCAACUUAUUUGGGGAAAUGAAGAAGAAGUCCCUAAUGAAAUUUAUAGAAAUAUUCAGGUUAUUCCAAAAGAGGCACAAACAUAUUUUCCAGUUGUGGUUGAUGAAAUAAGAUUGAAGUAUUACAAAGAGACAAUGACAACAUUAUGUUCAAGUAAUAUCCAAAUAGAAGAUGACAUUUUAUUUAUUGUUCCUGAUCAUAAACUUAAACCAAGUGAAUUACAUCGUAUUGAAUCGUUUAUUGAACAUAGUAUUCCUUAUGUUGAAAGUAUUGAGUUAGUUAAUAUAAAUAAUGCAGAUAACUCAUUUUAUAAUUACUUACUUCCUCUUUAUCUCGAAAACAAAUUUCAUGUUCAAUUUGUUAUUGAUCAACAAAAUAAAAGAAUUAUUUUUCAACAAGAAAUGGAAUAUAGUAAAGAAGAUGUUAUACAAUACAUUAAUUCUUUAAAUGUAAAGCCAUUAAAAAUUAAUUACACAUUUAAUAAUGAACAAUUUCAUUCAUUUGCAAUAAAUGAUUUUAUUUUAUUUGAGGACUUUAAAACACAACAUUCUUUUGAGAUACCAAUACAACCUUGUUUAACAUUUGUAUUGAGGAAAUACAAUUCUUUCAUUGAAAGAGAGAUGAGAAGGUAUUGUGUUGUAGCUCAAAAUCCUGAGAUGAUGAAAGGAAAAUAUCAAUUAGGUGAUAGUCAUAUCACUUGUUAUACUAUUAAUUCUUUAGUAAUGGAUAUGUUCCUUGAUGUAAUUGAAGGAUAUUGUGAUCAAAUAAAAGAAACUACACUUUCUUACUCAUUUGAUUAUAGUUAUAUUGCUAAAUUAUGCAAAUCAUUUAAUAUACGAUAUCAAAAUGAAACAGUUUCGAUUAGGUCUAUUAGUUCAAGUGGUUCUAAAUCUAAAUCUGUUUCAAUGAUGUACAUUGAACAGAGUCAAUUUGAAAAAUAUUUUUUAAUUGUUAAAAGAAUGGCUGAAGAACAUAAAACAUAUUCUUUAGAGUCUAUUCAACUAACAAAUGAACAACAAAAUUAUUUUAUUCAAAAAGGUGUUAUUUUUGAUAAAGAAUCACAUUUAAUUCAUUCUUUCUCAAGACAACUUUCUACUGAAUUAAGUGCAUAUGAAAACAAAUAA